AUGGCCAAGUUUCUUACAGGUUAUGAUUCUGAAUUGCAAUUAUCAACUCAAGGUUCUACAUCAAUGAAUCUUCUUCCUAGUCGAUGUGCACAUCAAAUGUCUGAUUUUGUAAUAUGUACAAUAAUGAAGCUUCGAAAUAUUGCUGAAAAUCCUUAUUUUUUCUUCAAAAUAGAAUUAUUAGAAG